CGGUAUAUAUGAGCAGUCCUUUUAGUGUUUCACACACACCGCACAACACGUUUGCAGCGAUUGACUGACCAUUUGGUGACCAAAUCGGACACACAUUUCCUUUCAACACAUUUCACUACUAACCGCUGGACAGUGUCUGCCAUGUCAUCGACAUCUGGUCUCAAUCUGGAAGCGUUGGCCAAAGAGUCGGUAUGGACUGAGAAGUAUAGAUACGGUGACGCCGAGAGGGACUACCAUUCAGUCAAUCAUUGCAGACAAUCAUCUGAUGAGCGCUCGAGAGGACGGGCAGAUCAGCGACCAAAGGCUCAAAACUUGUCUCAAAUUAAUACUCAAUCUAUUGUCUCUGAUAUAGUGAGGGCGAGAAAGCUAAUUAAUAAGACGUUAGACUCUGACGGAUCCGAUGGCUUCAAGAAUCCAUUCGCCGAUCGCGUGAAGCACUUGGAGGCCGAGAAUCAGUCGCUUAAGAAAACGGUCAAUGAUUUGAGUUCUUUGGUGUCAAAGUUGGAGCUCAGAGUGUCAUCACUGGAGGGGUCGUCCAAAGCAAGCGCUCCCAAAACGGUGGCCAAACCGGUGCCCAAACCCGCCGCCGAAGCCAAGAAGGAGGACAACGACUCGGACAUCGAUUUGUUCGGUUCGGACGACGACGAAGAGGCGGAUGAGGUGCGGAAGAAGAGACUCGAGGACUACGCCAACAAAAAGGCCAAAAAGCCCGGAGUCAUCGCGAAGUCGAGCGUUGUGUUGGAUGUGAAGCCAUGGGAUGACGAGACGGAUAUGAAGGAACUGGAGGCCAAUGUGAGGAAAAUCGAAAUGGACGGACUCGUGUGGGGCGCCUCUAAGUUCGUUCCGUUGGCGUACGGCAUACAGAAGCUGCAGAUCGUGAUUGUCAUCGAAGACGAUAAGGUGUCGGUCGAGGAGUUGACUGAAAAGCUGGAAGCGCUCGAGGACUUCGUUCAGAGCGUAGACAUCGCGGCGUUUAAUAAGAUUUAAUUGUUUUUUGACGGCUUUUAUCGGUAACUGUUUAUGCGAUUUAUUACAAUAUAUGCAUUAAUAAUGAAAAUAAACGACAAAUGAAUUUGUUUUAAA